GGGAGUGCGAAAUCUCAAGUGGGUUUCGUAGGUCUUACGUCAGAUGGAGGCUACAGGCUAUUGGGGGGAGCCUGACUUUCUCUUUUUUUAACUAAUUAUAAAGUAGAGCAGCUCUAUGAGUUUGCUAUUGAGCAUCACAAGAGCACACACAUCCGUUUAAGGAGACAGAACUGCUGAGCUUGUUCCUUCCUUUGCUCUCUCACCAACUCACAUUAGAGAGUAGGUGAUUUACUGAGAGAUUUACUCUCCCUGUGCUGGGAGACCUUAUCCAGUGGUGAUCCCUUGGUUGUUUCUUUUUUCUGCUUUAUUCCUCCCCAAACAUUGUCCAUCUAGACAUUGGUUAUAUUACCAACCACUUUGUACCUGUAUAAAUAUUCAGCUGUCCUUGCUGUAGCAUUUCUAAACAUUCUCCAUCCUAGAGCAUCUCUGGAUCUUCUCCUGCCAAGCUAAGAAGGAAGUUGCAAUCAUGCAUUCGGUGGGUUUGGUUCUCAGACAAUGCUCUUUGGUGCUGUUGGCUAUGUCCACGUUGUUCACAGUGGCCAUCCACGGAGAAUGUACCAAGGACUGCGCUUCAUGCUCUUAUCAUAUGGGACAACAAACAGAGAUCAACUCUUUGGCUUGCACAUUAGAAUGUGAAGGGAAGUUACCAUCAGCCAAAGCAUGGGGGAUGUGCAAAGAGCUUCUGCAAUUGGCCAAAGUGGGCAUUGCACAGGAAGCAGAAAAGGAACCAGAUACCAAUGAAAGCCACUUCAUUGCCAAAAAGUAUGGAGGCUUUAUGAAAAGGUAUGGUGGCUUCAUGAAGAAAAUGGAUGAACUUUAUCAUGUUGAACCUGAAGAAGACAGUAAUGGUGGAGAAAUACCUGCCAAGAAGUAUGGAGGUUUCAUGAAAAAGGAGUUUGAUGGUGAUACAUCAGAUCUCCUAAGAGAGCUUUUGGGCACCAGUGGGGACCCAGAAACUGGAAAUUACCAUGAAAAUAAUGAGACACCAGCAGACAUAAGCAAAAGAUAUGGAGGAUUCAUGAGAAAUUACAGAAGAAGCCCAGAUCAGGAAGAUGAAACCAGAGAGAUGCAGAAGAGAUAUGGUGGCUUUAUGAGAAGAGUAGGCAGGCCCGAGUGGUGGCAGGAUUACCAGAAAAGAUAUGGAGGGUUCAUGAGGCGCUUUGCAGAUUCACUUGUUCAUUCAGAUGAAGACGGAGAAAGUUAUUCCAAAGAAACCCCAGAGAUGGAUAAAAGAUAUGGUGGAUUUAUGAGAUUUUAACACCCUUUCCUCUUUUUCCUGACCUUGCUGAAAAAAAGACUGCCUCAUUGAUCAUAUUUUAUUGUAACGUGUUGCCUGCACUGUACAGUUUUUUACUGUCCUAGUACACAAUGCAACUUGUAAUCUGUUAAAACAGGCUCUGUGUUCUUUAUAAGUUAACAACAACAGAGAAAAAAAAAUAUUUGUCUUGUCACACUUGUUUAUACAGUAGUUAUUAUGCUGAAAUUAUUUUUGUUACUGUAUUUUCUUUUAAACAGAACACAUCUACCAAUGCUUACUGUAUGUAAAUAAAUUCUUCAUCUUAUCUGCA